AUGACGAGGGCCCCUUCUUCGACCUCGACUUCUAACCCUGGACCCCUCGACGAUCGCCGACGCCGAUCCCGAGACCCCUCCUCACCUCCCCGUCGCCCUCCUCAAGCCCGCCGCGAAGCUCCGCGUCUUCCUCCGCCGCAGGGGCGGAGCAAGCUCCUCGUCAAGCUCAAGGUCGAGGAGUCCCCGAUCGUCUCCCUCUUCACGCGGGACAACAGCUCCAGGACCACCGCGGCGACGGCGGCGGCGGAGGAGGAGGAGGAGAGGAGGUUCGCGAGGGAGGUGGUGCACAAGUACCUCAGCAAGAUCAAGCCCCUGUACGUCAGGGUUUCGAAGAGGUACGGGGAGAAGCUAGGGUUCUCCGAGGCGCCGAGCCCCGCCGCCGCGGCGAACCAAGGGGAGGAGAAAGACGCGGCGGAGGCGGAGGCGGAGGCGGAGGCGGAGGCGGAGGCUGAGGCCGAGGCGGCGGAGGAGGCGUCUCCGCCGCCACCUACGGCGGCGGCGGCGGCGGUGGCGUCGUGCGGGGUGAGGGCGCCGAGGGCGAGCAUUCCGGGGUUGAAGGUGGUGCGGAGAAGGCUCGGGAAGAGCCGGUCGGCGUCGGCCGCGGUGGCCGCGGUGCCGUCGCCGCGGCGGAGGGACGACUCGCUGCUCCAGCAGGAGGACGGGAUCCAGAGCGCCAUCGCCCACUGCAAGCGUUCCUUCCACACCGCCCAAGGGUCGGAAUCGCCGUUUGCUCGGUGCAUGAGCGAUCCUGGCGACGGUAGAUCGGAGAAGGAGAAGGGAGAGCGCGUUUGAUCUCCACCGUUCGAUUUUCGCAGAAACGGAACUUUUUUUUUUACUAUAUGACUUGUAGAAGGUGCUUUGUUUUAACGCGCCCGUAUGUUUCGCUACAUUAUUAUCUUCGUACGUACCGUACCUUUUAUCAGGAACUAUGUGAUUAUUUUCUGAAAAAAUGAAGUGAAAUUCCUCAAUCCAAUAUUUAAA